AAAUAUCUUUUAAGUCAAAUGAUUUGAAGUUAAUCAUAUAAUUGGACAAAUGUGUUGAAACAAUUAUUAUAAAACGCUAUAAUAUUUAUAUGUUUUCGGUAUGGGAGAAUGAAGAGCUAAAAAGUUUAUUGCUCAAUUACCAAAUUAGUAAUAAAGUUCAAAUUAAGCAGACGUGUUUUGACAAGAAGAGCUGAGUCCGGCGGUGAUGGCUGAUGAUCCGGCGGCCAGUUGGGAGGCUGUUCAAACGACCAAAAGAGAUUUCUCAUCUUCCAAUUCCACUCGCUCAACAUCAAAACUUGUCCUGAUCACGAUCACUCCAUCGCUCUUCACGUGUAAUGCGUUGAUAUUGGAGUACUCGAAAAGCUCCAGUGAGAUUGAGUCCCUGAAGUCGUUUAUCGGCCUUUGGAGAACCGGAAUAAAACCUGAUAAGUUUGUUUUCCCCUCCGUGCUAAAAUCUGAUGGGUGCUGUUCCAUUGUUGGAGCUGGCGGAUCAGUUCGUUCAAUGUCGAUAAAGAAGGGGUUUUCUUUUGAUGUCCAUGUGAAUAACGCCCUCCUGAAAAUGUACGCUGCAUGUGGUGUGAUAGCGUUUGCAAGGAAGGUGUUCGAAGAAAUGUCUGAAAGGGACAUGGUUUCUUAGAGCUUUAUGAUUUCUAGCUAUGUUGAUGGGUGAGGAUAUUCUUCUUGUUUUUUCAUUCUGUUUUCAGACAUCUUAACUUUAUUCGUAGUUUGGUUUUGUUUGAAUAAUCAAACUACUUCCAUCUCAAAAUAAGUUCCAGACACAUUUUAUCAAGAAGCUUAAAUUUUGUGGUACAUAUU